AUGGAAGUGACACUUUUUGGGGGUAAAGGCCUCUUGAGCACACACUUAUUCGGUAGGAUAGAUCCAUAUGUUGUGAUUCAGUAUGGAAAUGAAGAGCACAUCAGCAAAAUAGCUCAUGAAAUAGGACAAGGUAGCAAGCCAGAGUGGAAUGAACGGUUCAAAUUCAAGGUACAUUACCCAGCAGACGCAGGAGACGAUAACCAACGAAAAUAUAAGCUCUUUCUUCAAAUUAUGGACCACGACAGAUUCACUAGAGAUGACUACCUUGGCCAAACCACGAUAUAUGUGAAGGAGCUACUUGAGUUAGGUGUAGAGAAUGGAAAAGCUGAACUUGGUACUCAAAAGUACAGGGUUGUUUUAAAAGAUGGAACUUACUAUGGUGAAAUUCGAGUUGGAAUCAGUUUUAGUACUGCCACAGGUUUGUAUUUUAAUAAAAUUUAA